UCCUUAUUACUGUCUUUCCUAUAAUUCGAUUCAAUAAUUCGUAAUUCUGUAUGUGAAUUUUACAUUUUUCCUUCGGCGGCAGAGCUCAAUCCCACGAUGAAAUAUAAAUUUUCUUUUGGUACGCACUUCUACAGUCCUGUCUUUGCUCGUGGCCGACAAAUAACGCAGUGAAUCACAACAUCGAAGCAGAGAAUGAAUUGCAUAAUUCUGGUGCAAAUGACUGUUCGUCAACGCUCGGAUUAUUUCCAUAUUCAACUACGUAUGAUUGGUCAUGUACACUGCUCUACAUGGUAGGAGGGAUAGAAUAAAUCUAGAAAGAGAAUUUUGAAAGAGAAUUGUUGCGUUCUUUCGAUCAGUCAUAUCUCUUCUACACACGGUACACGUGCAACAGUUUUGAUUUAUAUUCUCCGGCAUUCAAAAAAUUUAGUAAAGAAUCUAGUGAAAGUGAAAACGUGAAUUUUAUACGCUGCGUGAUCAAACAAAAAUACCGAAACCAUUCGUUAAAACAUUAAAAACACAAAAGCUGUGUGUUAAAAUAUUGCAAAAAAAAAAAAAACAAAAACACUUAUCCAUUUUCGUUCAAAAUUCGGAUUACUUAAGAUGUGGGCUAUUCUGAUUAACAAUCAAAACUGAAUUUCAAAGUGUAUGUCAACAUCGCUUAAUUCCAAUAAAUGAGAGCACAUCGAUCAAUAAAGAUGGAAACAAUCAGAAAAUCGGACGAACCUCAAUGGAUAUUUAGUACCAGGCAGCUCGUAGCGACGUUAAGCCCGCUACUAGCAGCGUUCCUGAUCGGUUUAACAAAUGGUUUUCACACCGUUCUUUUGACACAGCUUAUUCUUACAUCCACAACAGACACGAACAACCACGAGAUCUGGAUAACCAGCAACGAUGAUUGGUAUCAAUCGCCGUUUUCUGGCGCCGUGUUUGCUAUCCUAGGCUGUUACUUGUCAGUAAUCGCCAUGGAAAAGCUAGGCAGAAAGAAAUCCACGAUGGUAAUUUUUCAAAUAUCUUUAAUCGGAUGGAUCGUCAUUGGGUUUGCAAGGAAUAUUCUGUACAUCAAGAUUGGAACAACAAUCUGCAGCUUAGGGGUUGGUCUCUUUAGUCCCCUAAUACCGGUUUACAUCGGUGAAAUAACAGAUCCUUCGUUAAGAGGCCUGUUCUUAAGUAUGAUAAACCCGAUAAUGACAUUUGGUGUUCUAAUGGCCGUGACUUUUGGCUCUUUUCUUCACUGGAGAAUCGUCAACUACAUCUGUGAGGCAUGUUUAUUGAUAUGUUGGUCGGCCUGUGUUAUAUCUCAAGAAAGUCCAAUCUGGUUGAUGAACAGAGAUCGAAAGAAAGAGGCGCUGUAUCAUUGGGUCCAUCUUCGAGGAUGGAAAUCAGAAGGAGAAUAUCGUGCCAUGGAAACAGCUAUAAGAAGAAAUGUCGAGCAAAGUAAAUUCGUUGGAUCCACGAUCAUUUCCAGAUUGAAGUACGAUCUGUGUUCAAAAGAUUUCCUGUGGCCCCUGUCCGUGUCGUGUAUGUUGUUCUUCGUGUAUUACUUCUCCGGAUACAAAUUAGUGAAAUACCAUAUGCUUGAUAUUAUCUCAACGACUGUUCAGUCUCGCAGCCUCGUUGCUGAAAUAAUUAUAACGUCGAUGAUCUUUGUUACGGAUAUCGUUGCUUGUUUUUUUGUAUGGAAGUGUAACAGGAGAACGUUGGCCAUAAUUUCUGCAAUGGGCACAAUCUCUUCUCUAUUUGUAUUGAUUCUUUACGUGUACCUUAAUCUUGAAGUAUCGUGGCUGAUUAUUACUUGUUGCUUGUGCUACUAUGUAUUUUUUGGAAUCGGUCUGAUACAUUUGCCAUGGAUAUACUGCGGAGAAUUGUUCCCUAGUAAAUUAAGGAGCUCUGGCAGCAGUAUCGUGCUUGGAUUUUCGUAUAUUUGUUCUGUAGUGGACAGGAUGCUAGCACCAGAAUCGAUCAUACCGCUGGAAAUGCAGGAGCUUUGUAUAAUUUAUUUUGCCUUGUUGCUGGUCGGGAGUAGCUUCUUGAUCUGGAAACUACCGGAAACAAAGGAUAUGACUUUGUUGGAGAUUGAAAGUAUGUUUGACAACGAAUCGGGCGACAACAAUGUGAAUGUGAAUGUUAUGAUGAUCUGAACAAACAAACAUCCUUUAUUCUUGUGAUUGUGUAUGUUUGCGCUUUGCAUUUAUGAUUUGCGAAAUUUGGAUCACUUGGUAAACUAUAAUGAUCGUUGUAGGGCGAGAGUUAGCCUCUUCGAGCGAAAUGCAAAAAGAAACAUUCGAUAAUUGCACAAAAAUCGGCACGCAAGUUUUGCAAUUAUGCCGAUUUAGCUUUAACUGAGAAAUCAAAAUUUAUUUUUCAUUUAUGAUCAAUAAAACCUUUGCCAGCAUGUUUCUUACAUUUUUCUGAUUAAAAUCACACGAAACGCGAUAUAAUCUGCAGCAUAUUUGCUUACGCAAUGAACGAUAAUUAAAUACAUAUCGAUAAGUAAAUAUAAUUUAAAUUAUAUCGCGUUUGAUCUCAUUUUAAUCAGAAAGACCUCACAAAUACGUCAGUAAAAGUUUAAUUUAGAAAAAGUCAGAAGUAAAAAAGUUUCACUUUCGAAUUGGUUCCUAAAUACAUGUCUCAGCGAUAUCUGACGUUGGAUCAUGUUACACUACUCGGCGGUCUCUGCGGGCCAUCGAGCUUCGUGGUGCAUCAAAGGAACCUCUCCUAUGUGGUGCUUUUUUUUAUUAUAGACUGUUUUCUGUAUUGAUUUUUAUAUGGUUGAGCGAUAAGAUUUUGCGAGAGUUAUUCAGGUUAACAAAUAAACUCUGAAUGUUUAUGCAAUUAUGGUAAGCGUAAAGAUAUGAGUGUGUGUAAAGAUAAGCAUAAAUGCUUAAUAAUCGAGUGAAGUGUGACAGAACAUAAAUAUGGCACGUGUUUAUUAUAUACAUAUUGAUAGUCUCCUUAUAAUCGACGCUAUCUGACGCAAUUGAUCACUUGAGUAUACAUAUUUACACGUAUAUGUGUAUUCGAAUGGUUGUAUCAGCGGUAAUACUAAAACAGUGUCGGGUAAACAUUAUUUUUUGCUAUCAAUAUCUUGAAUAAGAUGUUAAUUAUGAAAGAAUAUUAAUUGAAAUAAUUGGAUUUGUUGAACUUGUUGAAUUUGUAUAAUAGAUACGACUGAGGUAACGUAAUUGAUAGAAUUAUAUCACAUCACAACUAUACACAUCGCUAGACUAAUGUUAAAUCUUUUAGUAUUUAAUUCCUCUUAACGAUUACGAGGCUUUAACUCUUUAAUUAAGAGGAAUUAACGAUUAAGAAGGUUAAGUAGAGUCAUCAAGAAUUAUAAUACAAAUUUUUAAAGAAAUCGCAAUGAUAAAAUACUUAAGAGGAAAAAUAAUCCUCUACCCAUACACUUUGAAAAAUGGCACGUUAAUAGUUGCAAUUCUAUUCCCAAUUAACUGAAUUACAUUUUGGGAAGUCUUUUGAGAAAGGAAUUAAACUUGACUUCAAUAUUGUACAAAUUAUGUAAUGAGUUAAUAAUUCCUUUCUUGACUUUAAUUAUUCGUGUAUGUUACUACAUGUACCAUAAUCGUAAUGAAAUUACUUCAUAAUAUAUCGAAAAUUUUGUAUAAUCGAUUUUUCUUACAAAUUAACUCUGCUGCAGUCGACUAAUUUUUCUAUGAUAAAAUCACUGUUAUUCAGAAAAUUAUGCACACUAACGUGAUGCUGCUUUCUUUAUUCGUAAUGUAAUGAAUUUUUUUAACGACAAAGGAACAUGGUAAAAAUUAUAACAACGUCAACCUUCUUUUAUUUAGAAGAUUUUAUCAAGAAGAUAUCCUUUAUUUAGUAUUUUUCGCUACAAAAAUUGUUAAUACUUUCUUUAAAUGUAGUUAAGAACUCAUAAUAUAUUUAAAGGGCGUCCGAGAGAAAUAAAGGUUAAAUUAAAAAUUU